UCUUCCGGGUCAAAAAACAUGACAGGUCUGGUUUAAUAAUCAAAAAUAUUCUCUGGCAGUACGCAAGAGUGAGUACCGAAAUGGUAACUGGUGAUCAAAGAACUGUGUAUACCUGUCAACAAUGCGAACAAACAAUUGAGCGUAUUUGUAUAUAGGAUAAACCUGAAGAAACAAGGCGGAUGAAAUAGAAUAGACUCGUAGAUAAUAGGAUCACGUUAUUUUGGACAAUGUAUUGACACAGCUCAGUAAUAUCCCGAUACCGGUGUCAUUUUUGAGAAUUUCUAUCAAAAUGGGACAGUUUACUUACAAGAUGGUGGUUAGACCAAGCCAGUUGUUCCACUGGGGACCCAUCAUCGCUCUCUCCGUCAUCUUUAUGAUCUCUUUCACUGGAAUGCGGUGCCUGUUGAUGUGGUGGCCACUACACACUCCUGGGGGGAUAAUGCACCUGUGCAUUUAUUGCAUGUGGAUGUUCCUCGUACUUUACAACUAUUUGCUUGCUGCCUUCAAAGGUCCAGGCUUCGUCCCCAAAGGAUGGAGACCGGAUUUGUUAUUCCAGGACUCUGAAGAAGGAGAAAGCUGUUUACAAUAUUGUGAAGUUUGUGAAGGAUUCAAAAGUCCCAGAUCCCAUCAUUGUAGAAAAUGUGAUCGGUGUGUGAUGAAGAUGGACCACCACUGCCCUUGGAUUAACAGCUGUUGUGGUCACUACAAUCAUGCUAACUUUGUCUACUUCCUGUUUUUUGCCCCCCUAGGCUGCACCCAUGCAGCAAUUGUCCUUGUCAUUUCUACGUACAAGGCUCUGAACUGGCAAUACUACAUGUACUACACCAAUGACCCCAUCGUACAGCUGGGCUUUGCUGGGUUUAUCACAGCUAUGUUUGCGAUCGGCCUUGCCAUUGGUGUGUUUAUAGCUGUGGGUAUGCUGUUUGUCAUCCAGAUGAAAAGUAUUAUAAAGAAUGAAUCUGGUAUAGAGUCAUGGAUCAUUGAAAAGGCUUUAGACAGGGACCGAGAGCCAGAAGAGGGUGAAUUUAUAUAUCCCUAUAAUUUUGGUUGCUGGAAAAACCUAUCACAAGUGUUUACAUGGUCAGGCAUGCCCCAGGCAGACGGCAUCACCUGGCCGGUACGCGAGGGAUGUAACCAGUACACACUCACGAUUGAACAAAUUCAACAAAAAGCUCUAAAGCGAGACAGAACUCUGGAGUACCUGAUUGUGUCCGAUUUCAGUGGAGCGUGGAUACCCCUGAAUAUGGGUUGUCGAGUUUGUUUGAACAUGCCCUGUACAGAUGAACCACGAAUACCAGUGGCUGCUGGAGAUAAGGUCCUGGUGACCCGCUGGAAAAAGCGAUGGCUGUAUGGGACAAAACUGAUCGCAAGUAAAUUAAAAGCAGGAAAGAAGAAAAGAGUACGAGGCUGGUUUCCACGCUGUUGUGCCAAAGAGCUAGUUAUGGAUGAUGGUGACCAUGAGGAGGUCAUAACAAACCAUAACACAGAAAAAACAGAAGUACAAGAGCAAAAUCUAGGCAAAAAAGACAACUGAAAGCUGUCCUUAAUUAACUGAUGUGUGUAGAUGUUUGACUGGAGAUCAAAUAUAAUUGAUGUGUGUACAAAAUCUAGGCAAAAAAGACAACUGAAAGCUGUCCUUAAUUAAGUGAUGUGUGUAGAUGUUUGACUGGAGAUCAAAUAUAAUUGAUGUGUAUACAAAAUCUAGGCAAAAAAGACAACUGAAAGCUGUUCUUUAUUAAGUGAUGUGUGUACAUGUUUGACUUGAGAUCAAAUAUAAUUGAUGUGUGUACAUGUUUGACUUGAGAUCAAAUAUAAUUAAUGUAUGUACAUGUUUGACAGGAGAUCAAGGAACAUUGAUGUGUGUACAUGAUUUGACCUGUAACCAAGGUUGACUGUUGAAUAUGUUUGACCUUUAACUUUGAAUGAACACUGGUAUGUGAAAGUUUGUCCACUAACCAACGCUGACACUGCUGUGUGUAUAUAACAGACCACUAGCCAUAGAUAACUAGACUGUGUGAAAAUAAAAGACCACUAGCCAUAGAUAACUAGGCUGUUUGAAUAUAACAGACCCCUAGCCAUAGAUAACUAGGCUGUGUGUAAUAACAGACCUCUAGCCAUAGAUAACUAGGC